AUGUUCGAGAACCUCUGCACGCUGCCGCUUCACGCGGACGUCUUUGCGACGGCGCUGCAUCCCAGCGAGCCGCUGCUUACCGUUGGCCUUUCGAAUGGCCAUGUGCAGACAUUCCGCUUGCCUCCCGGCUCUUCGUCCAACGAGAGCGUUGAUGGAGACACCAGCGUGCUGAGCGAUGGCAGGGGAUAUCUGGAAACGACGUGGGAAACUCGGCGGCACAAGGGCAGCUGCCGCUCUUUAGCUUACGCCCACGAUGGCAGCGCCAUGUACUCGGCCGGUACGGACUCGCUCGUCAAGCACUUUGACCCUGAGAACGGCAAAGUCAUUUCCAAAAUGGCAAUCCCGACUACCACCACACAGCCCGAUGCGCCGACGCUGCUACACAUACUAAACCCCCAAAGCUUGCUUCUGGGAACGGACUCCGGUGCGCUACACAUCGUCGACCUUCGCGAUGGCCGGCCCGGCAACAAGCCGGCACAGACUCACUUUCCUCACGCCGACUACGUAUCGUCCAUCUCGCCGCUGCCACCGACCGCGGAGAGCACCAGCGGCUUCCCCAAGCAGUGGGUCAGCACCGGAGGCACCACGCUAGCGGUAACGGACGUCCGCCGCGGCGUCCUCGUCCGGAGCGAGGACCAGGAGGACGAGCUCCUGGGCGCGUGCUUCGUGCACGGCCUGGGGCCGAAGAAGAUGAGGGGCAACGGGAUGGUGGCCGUCGGCUCCAGCUCCGGUGUCCUGACGCUGUGGGACAAGGGCUCCUGGGACGACCAGCAGGAGCGCAUCAUCGUCGACGGGGGCAAGGGCGGCGGCGAGAGCAUCGACUGCGUCGCCACCGUCCCCAAGGACCUAGCCCCGGGGUCAAAGGUCGUCUGCGGUCUCGGCGACGGUAGCCUGCGCCUCGUGGAUCUCGUCAGCCGCGACGUGGACCGCUCGGUGAACCUGAGACAUGACGACCUCGAGGCGGUGGUCUCCCUCUCGUUUGAUUGCGAGAAUCGGCUCAUCAGUGCCGGUGGCCGAACGAUCAAGGUAUGGGAGGAGCUUUCGGAGCUGCAGGCCAGUCGGGACGACGACGAUGAUGAUGAUGAGGAAGAUGACGAGGACGAGGGAGAGGCCAAGGGCGAUGGUUCGAAACGGGCUGCCGAGAGCGACGACGAUGAUGACGAGACCGACAGCGAGACCGACGGCUUGGAGGAGAUGAAGCGACGCGCGAAACGACGUAAAGCGAUGAAGAACAGCAAGCUUGGGCCCUUGGGAGCGCAUGGCAUUAUGGGUUUCAGCGGACUAGACUAA